AUGGUUGUUAGUAGGCUGUGGUUGUGUUCAAGGGAAGGUCAGAGAUUGGACCGUGUUGUUGAGAAGAGUAGAGCUCCCAAGGCACUAACAAGAGUAGGUUGCAAAGCCCAAUUUCGCAUAUGGUACGAUGCAGAUGCUGGUGAAGGAGGAAAUUUAAACAGCCCUGACAAAGCUCAAGCAAUGGCUAUGCGCAACGUCGUUGUGAAGACUAGCCAAAUCAUGAACUAUAUGGUAAAUCAAUCCGGGUCUUAUGAGAAUGUUGGUUUCAUUCGUACGGAUCUGUACAACCGUAUUCAAGCUGAACGUAGAGCAGAAGUUGAGGAUGGUGAUGCGCAGGGUGCGUUGGUUUACCUAUGUGUAAAACUUGAUGUUGAUGCACGUUUUUUUUACAAAACCAAUGCAUACAAGAAACCUUUUGUUAUGUUGGCUGGUGUGACUAACCACUUUAGGACCACGAUAUUUGAAUGUGUUUUGCUAGUUAAUGAGACAAUGGAUACAUACACAUGGGUUUUGGAAACAUUUAUGGAGGCGAUGGGCAAUAAAGCACCUGUGUCCAUACUGACAGAUGGGGAUAAGGCGAUGCGAGAGACAAUCAGAAGAGUAUUUCCAGAUGCAAGACAUUGA